AUGAGAGCACUCGAAUUUUACAGUGGAAUCGCGCUGGAGCGGAGUAAAGUCGACGCGAAUGUUGUUCAUGCAUUCGAUUGGGAUAGGACUGCCUGCGAGGUGUACUCAGCCAACUUCGGGCUUGGAAUUGCCCGCAAGACAGACAUAUCGACUCUGUCUGCGGACUACCUUGCUUCGUUGAAUGCCUCUUUAUGGCUUCUUUCUCCCGCAUGCCAACCGUAUACUGUCCUCAACCCACAAGCAAAAGGAGAACUCGAUCCACGAGCACAGUCGUUCUUGCAUCUUGUGAGAAACGUUCUCCCAGAAUUGGCCACUCGGAACGCGCAUCCGACACAUUUCCUAGUAGAAAACGUUGCUGGGUUCGAGACCUCCACUACGCGUCAGGUGCUCGUCUCCACUCUCGAGCAACUGGGCUCAGAUACAACAGCGGAAUUCCUUUUGACCCCCUUACAAUUCGGCAUUCCCAACUCCCGUCUCAGAUACUAUCUACUAGCCAGACGAUCACCAUACGCUUUUAGCCAUUCGAAUCAAUUUGUUUCAAAGCCAUUGCGCUUCAUCCCUGGUCGAGGGCAAGAGGAGCCUUGGGCGGAUGUGGGCGAAAUUCGAGAGUAUUUGGACCGAGAAAUCGAUGAGGACCGUGAUAUUCCCGACAAGGUCUUACUCAAGUGGGGAAGGCUUUUCGACAUUGUCCUCCCCUCUUCUCAGCGGACUUGCUGUUUCACUCGUGGCUACACACAACUUGUCGAAAGGGCUGGCUCUAUAUUACAAUUGAACGAAGAACUCGACACAACGACCGUAUUCGACGCAUUCCUCGCACAAAAGUCUACCCAUAACGAAACCGUUCGAACACUUGAUCCACUUCGAUUGAGAUACUUUUCCCCCAACGAAUUACUCCGCCUCUUUGCGUUCUCUCCCCUCGAUACUCCACCCCAGUUUAUCUGGCCAACAACGAUCUCACGCAAGACCAAGUAUCGUCUGAUCGGCAACAGCGUCAAUGUUCGUGUGGUUCAGGAGCUGAUCAGCUAUCUCCUCGACGAAUCGGAUGCUGAUCCUGCACGGACAAGAUGA